AUGGCAUUGUCAUUAAAUAAAAAUUUAGAUUUUAAAAUCGAUGCUAAUGCUGAAUUGUUCAAUGAUGAUUACGACUGGAAUAUUAAUGCUGAAAAUGAUAUAGAAGAAUUCGAUUGGACCGAAAUAACAAGAUAA